GACGUUCUUUUUCACACACUUUCGGCUGCCUCCCCCCGACUCCCUUUGAGGUGGAAUAUGGCGAGCUCCGGGGCGGCUGCUGGCAAUGCCUCGUUGGCUUCUUUAUGGAGCGAAGUGAAUAAAGCAGGACAGAACGGAGAUUACACCCGGGCCCUGAAAUCCCUGACUAAGAUAUUGCAGGUGGCAAAAGAUGAUGUAACGGCUCUACAUUGUAAAGUAGUAUGCUUAAUUCAGAAUGGAAGCUUUAAGGAAGCCCUAAAUGUGAUUCACACCAACACUAAAAUUCUAUCAAGUGAUGUAAUAGCAUUUGAAAAGGCAUACUGUGAGUACAGGUUAAAUAGAAUUGAAAAUGCAUUAAAGACCAUAGAAUCUACAUCCCAGAAGUCUGACAAACUGAAAGAGCUUCAUGGACAAGUUCUGUAUAGGUUGGAACGCUAUAAAGAAUGUCUGUCCGUGUAUCAGGAUAUCAUACGCAACUCCCAAGAUGACUAUGAUGAAGAGAGGAAAACAAACUUGUCUGCUGUCAUGGCUGCAUUGAGUCUUUGGGAUAAAGAGACAACGGAGGACUUUGACUUACAAGAGACCACAUAUGAACUCUGCUACAAUAGUGCUUGUGGACUGAUAGGUCAGGGAAAGCUAAAUGAAGCAAUGAAGAAACUGCGAGAAGCUGAAGAACUCUGUAGACAGUCCAUUUCCGAGGACAGCGAUUUUACUGAGGAAGACAUAGAAGCAGAGUUGGCCAUAAUUCAUGGCCAGAUGGCAUAUGUUCUGCAAUUGAAAGGCAAAUCAGAGGACGCUAUUCAACUUUACAAUCAAAUCAUCAAAUUAAAGCCUACUGAUAUUGGGUUGUUGGCUGUUGUGGCAAAUAACAUCAUAACUGUUAACAAGGACCAAAAUGUGUUUGAUUCUAAAAAGAAAGUGAAGCUUACAAAUGCUGAAGGAGUGGAGCACAAACUUUCUAAGCAUCAACUUCAGGCCAUUGAAUUUAACAAGGCUUUACUUUCAAUGUACACAAAUCAGGCAGAACAAUGUCGAAAAUUAGCCACCGGUUUGCAGGCACAAAAUCCAGAGUAUCUUCUUCCAGUACUCAUUCAAGCUGCCCAGCUAUGUCGAGAAAAGCAACACUCAAGAGCAGUAGAUUUGCUUCAGGAAUUUGCAGAUCAGCAUCCCCUGAAUGCAGCACAACUCAAGCUAACCAUGGCCCAGCUGAAACUUGCACAAGGUAAUGUCACCAAGGCCUGCAUGAUUCUCAAAAGCAUUAAAGAACUCGAGCAUAAGCUCGGAAUGGUGUCUGCGCUAGUUACUAUGCACAGCCAUGAUGAAGAUAUCGACAGUGCUAUUGAAGUAUUCUCACAGGCGAUUAGCUGGUAUCAGGAAAAUCAAACAAACUCUCCAACACAUUUGUCUUUAAUACGAGAAGCUGCUAAUUUCAAACUAAAGCAUGGAAGGAAAAAAGAAGCGAUCAAUGAUCUUGAACAAUUAUGGAAACAGAAUCCAAAAGACAUUCAUACGUUGGCUCAGCUCAUCUCUGCUUAUUCACUUGUAGAUGCCGAGAAAGCAAAAGUACUUAGUAAACAUUUGCCUCCUUCUGACACCAUGACCUUGAAAGUGGAUGUUGAUGCCUUGGAAAACUCUACUGGUGCAACAUUUAUACGGAAAAAGGCAGCAAAAAUUGCUGGAGAACAAACCAAAGAACAAGGGCAAGGGGACCUGAAGAAAAAGAAGAAGAAAAAGAAAGGUAAACUGCCCAAGAAUUAUGACCCUAAAGUUACACCAGAUGCAGAAAGGUGGCUUCCAAUGCGGGAACGUUCAUAUUACCGUGGCAAGAAGAAGGGGAAGAAGAAGGAUCAGAUUGGUAAAGGGACUCAAGGAGCUACAGCGGCUGCAACUGCUGAAUUUGAUGCUAGUAAAACAGCAAGCAGCCCUCCUACAUCUCCAAGACCUGGCACAGCAGGAAGUGGGGCAUCAACCAGCAAUGUUGUUCCACCCAGACAUCAAAAACCCGUGGGAGCUGGCGGUACCAAGAAAAAGCAGCAGCAAAAGAAAAAGAAAGGAGGGAAAGGUGGCUGGUGAUGAGCCGAACAAAGUGCAAAGAGAAAUCCUACAAAUUAAUUUAUGUCUUAAAACAUUUUUCAUUUUGUUGCCCUCAUCUAUUUGCCUUUAAAAAAAUAAAUAAAAAUAAAAUUGGAUCAUU